AUGAGUAACCAUCCAAAUUUUAAUAAUUUCAAGAAGACUCAUUUAAAAGACCUUCAGCCUGGUGUUCGUGAAGGUUGGUUAAAGAAAAAGGGGUAUGACUUCCAUACAUGGAAAAAAAGAUAUUUUAUUAUCAAAAAUGAAUUUAUUUAUUAUUUUAGUAAUGCUAAUCCAACUUCUACUCCAAAAGGAGUUAUUGAGUUAAAUUCAAAGUCUCAAGCUAAAAUAAUUGAUGACACAUUCAUGAAUAUUGUUAUUUGUAGUGUUCAUAGAAAUCAAGAAAUUAUUGCUGACACUCCUGACAUGGGUGCUGCUUGGGUUGAUUCAAUUAACAGUCAUAUAAAAACUCUUCAGAAAGUUGAAGAACAGAGAAAGAAAGAAGCAGAACUUGUUUCAACUCCUUUUUGUGGUAAGUCAUGGCCUGAAGUUAAGAAUGAAAUUAAUGUUUGUAAACAUUUAAAUGAAAGACAAGUUCCACCAACAGACUUAAUUCAAAUCAUGAAUAAUAUUGGAAAAGAUACUUGUGAGAGAUAUUUUUAUAAUAUUCUUUUAGAAUGUAUUACUACUUGGAAUGAUGAUGAAAUUGCUAACUUUGUUUGGAAUUAUUUCUGUAGACAUCUUGUUAGGCAAGAAGAAGUUCAAAUACAAGAUAAAAUGAAAAGAAGAAAGUCUAUUAUGAAAACUGAAUCUGGAACUAUGUACAAAUUACUUUCUGACCUUAAUAUUAUUUUUGGUGGAACUCAAGGUGCCGUUCUAACUGCUUUUGGAGGUGAAAGUGAAAAUAGUGAUGACAUUAUAAUGGUGCUUGGAAGAAACACACAAGCUGGAGUAAGACUUGCUGCUAUCUAUAACUAUAUCAUUGAAAAUAAUAAAAUUUCAUUUAACGAAGUUAUUCGAACAAUUUUAGAUGCAAUGGAACGAUGGAGAAUGAGGACUGAAGAACCAAUGUUUAGGGCAUUUGUGACUGGUAUUACUGGAAAUUGGAAUCCUGCUAAAGUUGCAUCUCUUAUUUCUUUUCUUUCUUCUUUUACAAAAGAACAUGACUCAUUUCCUUUAUUUGAAGAGCCAUGGGAAGAACUUCCUCCACAUGCUCUUUCCUUUAUCUUAGCAUAUGCUAAUCAUUGGAAUACAGAAGAAAAGAAAGAGUUUAUUACAAUAGGAAAUAUGCUUUGGGGAUGGAAAAUAGAAACAUAUAAUAAAUUAACAAACCAAAUAUGA